UUGACGUGCAAAUUGAAACGCCGAUUUAACACGGAACACGCUUUUUGUUUAUGAAUUAAACACCGGGUUUGCAGCAAUCUAAUAAGGAAAGAUGGAAAUGCUGCAGGAUCCUGAAAGCGGCAUAUCAUUACCACAAAAGCGGUAUUAUCGCCAGAGGGCACAUUCAAAUCCAAUUGCUGAUCACUGUUUCGACUACCCAGCUCAUCCCGAUGAUGUCAACUGGCAGGAAUUGUACCCAAAUUUAACAGAAGGCCAAUGCGUAGAGUUCGCAGACAUAGGCUGUGGGUAUGGUGGGUUUCUUGUCACACUAGGAGACAUGUUUCCGGACAGGUUGGCAAUAGGUCUUGAAAUACGCGUGAAAGUCUCAGACUAUGUCAUGGAUCGCAUCAAAGCGCUGCGUAUUCUUCAUCCGGGGAAAUAUAACAACAUUGCCUGUCUGCGUACUAAUGCCAUGAAGUACUUACCGAACUAUUUCCGCAAGGCACAAUUAGAUAAGAUGUUCUUUCUGUAUCCUGACCCACAUUUUAAGCGUGCCAAACACAAGUGGCGCAUCAUAAACCAAGCUCUUCUAUCGGAAUACGCUUAUGUGCUACGGAAAGAAGGACUGGUUUACACAAUGACUGAUGUUGAAGAUCUUCACAAAUGGAUCGUUCAGCAUAUGCUGCAACACCCUCUUUUCGAACGCCUAACGAAUGAGGAAGAGAUCUCUGACCCGAUUACGUCGAAAUUGUACCAGAGCAGCGAGGAGGGUGCUAAAGUAGUUCGAAACAAAGGUGCCCAUUUUUUGGCAAUUUUCCGACGACUUUAGGCUAAGAGAAUACUACAAACUACAGCUUCAAUGCAGUAUUUACUGUUUUUAAAAGUAAAUAUUUAAUAUUAUACUUAGUA